AUGCAUUUCUCUUCACUUUCGAACGGUAAAGAAUCCUCUUUAAGCUCAAAAGAUGCUUCUGCCCCAGUUACUCUCGAUGUCUCUAUCACUACAGCUGUGAUUCUAGCCACUCUUUCUUCCUUUCUGUUCUUCUUGGCUUGCAUCAUAGUUUUCAUAUAUUUCAAAUGGCGUCUAUGUCGACACGUUGUGGAAACUCGUAUCGGACUUGUGGUCUUUUUCCUCGGAGCGUUACUCACCCUCAUAACAACCCUCAGCUCCUAUGAAGAACAAGAAAUUUAUGCAGUGUAUCGCUUGACUCUCUUGGCCUCUUGCGGAAUUGGAGUGUUGAUGAUAGGUUGUGCAAUGCUUUUCGAGAAUCCUUCCCCUGACAGGCCGCUGGAUGACUACGGCUACGAAAGACUCUCUGUUGGUUAUAUGCACGGUAGCUUGGGAAUGAUCAUCUGGGUCAUAACGAUACCCCUCAGCAUACUAGAGCUCUUCUUCGCCAUUGGAGCUGCUCGGAAAGCACCCAACACAAUGUAUGCUGCUGUGAGGUACACAGCUCUGGCGCAAAAGAUUGUCCAAGCAAGCGUGUACUACUUUAGUCUGCGACACAAGGUUGCUAGAGGAGAUAUGCGUAUGGCGUGUUCGUGGCUUUUCAAGAUAAUCUCCGUCUUCAAUUUUGCUUUUUUUAUCGACUCACUAGUAACGUCAAAUUCUGAUAACGACUUUGUCCUAAGUCUGUUUGGCAAUGGGUUCUCCAUCGUGAAAUCUGCAUAUAAUGCCUUACUCAUUGAUUACAGACUGCUGUGCUGUUUGUUGUUUUUGGAGCAUUCUUUGGAGUUGAUGGAUGUGCGCAUAAACCGACCCAUUGGAGAUAUAUUAUUUAACCCUGAAGCUAGUGAGGCAAUGAUGCAAGAUUCUUUGGCUUCUGCGGUUGUUAAUGUGGAAAUCUCACAUUCCUCUGGCUAUGGAUAUGUCAUUGGCCUCAUUCUGGUUGCCAUGCAACUGGUAACUGGACUACAGUAUCUUGGAUUUGUGGGAGAGUGGACAAACAUGUUCCCCAUUCUAGCUUGUGGUGUUGUAAUAAUUUUUGGUCUCUUGCUACUCUCUGGAGACACAAGUUUCCCUGAAAACAACAGAGAGAGGAAAUGGCGUGAGACUGAAUCUAAGGCUAUUGAUAUCAUGGUGUGCUUUAUGGGAACCAUUGGCUUUAUCUUCUGGUUCAUGAAAGCUUCCUACUGUGGUCUUUGGGCCUCACAAUACUCAUCAACAACUGACAUUGAGUUUUAUCAGUAUCUCUCUUGGACAACAGUAAAGAACUUUGCUUAUGCAAUUGUAAUCAUCUUUCAGCUUUACUUCUUUGUUAAAAUGGGUCCACAUUUUGGGUGUGACCGUGAGAGCAGUCGUCAGAGGGCAAAACACUUUUACGUCACAACUAUCAUGAUGGCUCUGUUUGCAUUGCUCAUAUCACUUGUCAUUGAUGAAUUCAAUGGCCGAGUAGAAAAGCUUCUUGCUGAAGCACACAUCAGCAGCACCAUGUCAAUAUUUUUCCAGGCAGCAGCCCCCAUCCAUCUUGGCUUUAGCUUGCACAUGUUCCUGCAUUUCUUCAUUAUGAGCAGAAGAUUGUCCCAGUUUCAGUACAACUGGCAAUACAGCCAGGCAGAAGAACAUCAACAUAGUCAACAGUCCUCACCAGGGAACACUGGUGGUAACAGUACAUCAUCAAAUGUUGAAACAGGGAAUGAAAGACAGCCAUUGAUUUCCCGCCCAAUGUGAUCUAUAUCACUAAGAUGAUUAACAAAUAUAUUACAUGACUUGCCAUGCUGCAGUUUUGUAAUAAAUAUUAAUGAUGUCAAAUGGGGUUAGAACAAAAAAGUAGGACACAAUGAGCAGUGGAGAGUGUCACUGAUGCUCUUUUUUAUAUUUUUUACGUCUUCUGUGAUAUUUUAUUGUACAGACACAGCUAAAUGGAAUCUAUUUGUUUUCUAGGAAAACAAAGCAAAAUGUUAUUAAUAGUGAUGUUGUCUAUGCAUCUGUUCUCCAGUAGAUUGUAAGUAAGAAGAAAGCAAAAUGCAUCUUUAAUUCAGCUUAUCAUAUAAUUUACAAUAAAAUGCAUACCUUAAGAUUUCAAUGUUCUGUUUCACCCAAGUUUUCAAGAUCUUGAAGUAAAUUGUCUGUAAUGUGACCUGAUUCAUCUAGCAAACAAGAGAAGACCUUGUUGAUACCUUGAAAAGACUUAGUAAAUCAGAUUUUGUUUUCAUUUAAAAUGACAUUAUUUUGCAUGCUUUUAUUUAACCAAGCUGUUGAGUUUUCACUGAAAGUAAACUUAAAAGGUCAAGUGAGUAAUGUAAGAUCACAAAGGUUUGAAAUUAUUACAGUGAUCUUCAAGUAAUACAUUGAUUGGCAUAAAGUAAUGUUCUAUGUACGCCAUUAGGACCUACAUUAUUUAAGCAAGAAAAGGAUUAUGGGACAUGAGAGUGAACUGGCCAUGUUGUUGUUAAAAGUAUGCAUUGAUUAACCCUUUAACUCCCAAGAUCUGAUUGUUAAUUCUCCCCUUUAGCUGCUACCACUUCCUUAUAAAGUAGUUACGAGAAUUUGGUGUUAGAUCAAGAUGAAAACUUCAUGAUAAGUUUGAAUAUUCUCAUUACCUGUUUGCUAGAUAAUUUAUGGAUAUUAAAGGGAGAAGUUGCAAAUUAAUCACUUUUGGGAGUUAAAGGGUUAAGAGACAAUUCUACUGUUGUCAUACGUCAAACUUUCCUUCCUGUGAUCUAUCACUGUACAGACCCACAGCAAUAUGGGAUCUUUUUGUUUUAAAUGAUGAAAAAGCAUAAUGCUGUUAAUGGUGAUAUCAUUUUUGUGUCUGUCCUCCAUUAGUUCUUAGGUAAGAACCAAUCAAAUUAUGUACAUAAUUCAACUUAUCAUAUUUGGUGUCUUUAAUCUCAGUUGCAGAUGAAAACAAUACAAAAAAGAUUCUGGUAUUUGAAACAUUGUUUUGAACAAAUAUUCAGAUACACUUCAUAAGAUAGAAGAUCCCUUGUUGAUUUGUGAAUUACAGUCAGCCUUGAAUGAAGAUCAAUGUGCACAGAGAGAAUUUUUUAGUCGUCAUCAAUUUGUUUGUGUUUUGGACAAAUUUGAUAAAGAUUUGCUGCACAUUGAUGUUUGUACAGAGAUAGGUGUUGUUUUAUUUUUUCAUUGUUGUAUACAUUUUAUUUCUUCCAGUGCAAAGAAGUAUGAAUAGAUGCACUGUGAUAAAUAAAAAUCUAUUUUUGACUUCUGCUUGGUUGAUGUGUACUAUAGGCAUCAUUUUCCCUGGGUUACUGUACAGUUCUAUUUCUAUGAAAUUGUUUGAACAAUUUGUUAAAAGGGGGUUCAGGCGGAAGGCAGUUGCCAGUAGGGAGUGGGGUAGCUCUGAGGGCAUCCUCCCUCUGAAAAUUUUUUUGAGUCUACAGGAAACAUUUGAAUUCUUUGAAGUUGGCCACCCAGCCGCCCACCCUCUUAGAUAACAAAAAAUCGGAUAAGCUACCUAACUAUGAACGAGCAGUGCUAAUUUAUGAGUAUGUGUUCUUUGUGAUUGUUUAUUUUUUUUGUGUGUUGGAGUUCAAGUGUGGAUUGCUCUCUACAAGCCUCCCCUAAGAGAGAAGUUCCAACAUACUUGGAUCAAAGCGAGAUAA